AUGAUGCCAGCAGGAUUUUCUGACAGAUUCCGACUUCAUGAUAGUAACUUCUUGAAAGCUUUAACAGAGGAUAUCGAUAUAAACCAUAUUCCAACCACACUCGGUGGAAGCCAUGAGGGCAUUAUCUGCGUUGGAGCAGAACGAGUACUUCCAAGUGAAUACUGGACUCCUGAGAACUCCGAUCUCAUUCAUCAUCUAGAACACCUGCAUAUCCCUGCCAAGAAGACCCGCCAUAUAACAGUGGAGAUUUGUGAACCGAAAAUGUUGCGAUGGUAUUUUCGAACAGAUGGCGACGUAUAUUUUGGAGUGUUUUAUGAGAGCAAACUUGAUGCGAAAAACGAGCAUCAUUUGGAUAUUGAGUACUGA